AUGGGAAGAGGAGGAGCCCUAAGCGAAAGUGUUUUGAAGAAGAUCAUCCUCUCCUACAGCUACGUCGCCAUAUGGAUCUUCCUCAGCUUCACUGUCAUCGUCUACAACAAGUACAUACUCGAUCGCAAUAUGUACAACUGGCCUUACCCAAUCUCACUCACUAUGAUUCACAUGGGUUUCUGUUCUUCAUUAGCUUACAUUCUCGUCAGUGUACUCAAAGUCGUCGAACCAGUUCAAAUGACCCUCGAUGUGUAUCUCAAAUCCGUUGUCCCAAUCGGUUUCCUUUACUCUCUUAGCUUAUGGCUCUCCAAUUCCGCUUACAUUUACCUUUCUGUUUCGUUUAUCCAAAUGCUCAAAGCCUUAAUGCCUGUCGCCGUUUACUCCAUCGGUGUUUUGUUCAAAAAAGAAGGGUUUAAAGGCCAAACGAUGAGCAACAUGCUUUCGAUCUCUUUUGGGGUUGCGAUUGCUGCUUAUGGUGAAGCCAAGUAUAAUUCAUGGGGUGUUACGUUACAGCUUGGUGCUGUUGCGUUCGAAGCUACUCGUUUGGUUUUGAUUCAAAUCCUGUUGACAUCGAAAGGCAUUACGUUUAAUCCGAUAACAUCUCUCUAUUAUGUCGCUCCUUGUUGUUUGGUUUUCUUAUCUGUUCCAUGGAUUAUCGUGGAGCUUCCCAAAUUGAGGGAUACUUCUAGUUUCCACUUUGAUUACUUCAUCUUUGGGACGAAUUCGAUUUGUGCUUUUGCUUUGAAUCUGGCUGUGUUCUUGCUUGUUGGGAAGACAUCUGCGUUAACGAUGAAUGUUGCUGGGGUUGUUAAAGAUUGGUUGCUGAUUGCUUUUUCUUGGUCGGUGAUCAAGGAUACAGUAACUCCGAUCAAUUUGUUUGGUUACUUGAUCGCUUUCAUGGGUGUUGCUUAUUAUAAUCAUGCCAAGUUACAGGCACUUAAGGCUAAAGAAGCAGAGAAGAAGGCGACUCAAUUUGAUCUUGAUGAUGAAUCGGGCAAGAUUUCUUCAAGUUUAGAUAUCUGGAAAUUUGGGUGCUUGAUGAUGUGUUCUUGA